AUAUUAUAAUACUUCUAAUAGUUAUAUGUCUUAUCGUCUUGUUUUGGAAAAGACAGAAUUCGUCUCUGCUUAGAAAAAAAUCCAUGGCAGAGGCUUUGAUUGACGAUCCAGUUUAUGUUGCAGUAAGCACAGAUGUUUCUGAAAGCAGACUGACUCUCACAUGGGCAUUGAGGCAUCUCCAGCCCAAAAAGCUUUACCUUCUUCAUGUUCAUCAACCCAUUUCCAUCAACCCUACUUUGAUUCAAAUUGUUGCAGCUGGUACAAGAAAUUGAUCCUUUGUUUUUCUACCUUGUUUAGCCUCUCUAUCAUUGCAAGUGGGCUUGAACAAAGCGAGAUCGAUGCUAUUCAGGAGUCCGAACUGACGAGUUCGUAUGAGAUCCUUCUCAAGUACCGUGAUAUCUGCGUAGUUGAAGGAAUUCUCGAACAAGAUGUGGAUAUAUCAUAUAGUUUGGCAAAUAAUGUUGGGGAAGGGAUUGUGGAACUUAUCUAUGAAAACAAUAUCAAGAAGCUUAUUAUGGGAGCAGCUGCUGAUUCCCACAAGUCCGAGGACAUGGUUAAUAUCACAUCUAGAAAAUUCGAUUAUGUGACUAAACAUGCGCCUCAUUGCUGUAAAAUUUGGCUUGUGGGUAAUGGAAAUCUCAUCCAUACGAGGGAGGGAUGGUUUGAUCGUAGGGGUUCACCGCACCCCUCCUCUGAAUCCUUAACUAGCCUCCAGGGCCUUGAUUCUGCUCUAGUACCAUACGAGGAAGCAGUGGGAGGUGCACAUGACAAUGAGUCGCAUGCCCUAUCUUCACCUGAAGACCAAUCAGCUAGAGGGUUUGAGACAAUGUACUAUGAAGAGCAGAGACGAGGAUUAGAAAUUGAGGAACGCAGGAUAAAAGCGGAGGAGGACCUGAGAGCAGAAAUCGAAAACAUGAAGGGGAUCCAAAAGGAACUCGAAGAACAGCUUUAUAUUGAUUGCCCCCGUCAGUUUGAAAUGUUCCAGAGAGAGCGAGAUGAAGCUAUGAAAACAACUGUAGAGCUUUUGAGACUUCUAAACCUGGACAACAGUGAGUCAGCAUCACAUUCACCAUCAUCCUCGUUUCAGCGGUCGGUUUCCAACGAGCCUCCCCCAUAUUUUCUCUGUCCCAUUACACAGGAAGUAAUGCGAGAGCCUAGUGUUGCAGCCGAUGGGCACACCUAUGAAGCUGAAGCCUUAAGAGAAUGGCUCGACAAUGGUCACGAUACCUCACCAAUGACGAACCUUAAGCUUGCCCAUCGUAACCUUGUCCCUAACCACCCCCUUCGUUCUGCCAUUCAAGAGUGGCUUCAAGGACACUCUUAAUGAAUCUCUGCUUAAUGUUGUGAUUUGUGAACAUCCUAAAUCUCAAGUUAUAUGUGUGUUGGUUAAAAAAGUUGUUAUGAAUAUGAUGAGUGGAAUUCAUUAAAAAAAACCAAAAAAAAAAAACGGUCUGGUUCUCCCA